AGCGCUACUGGAAGGAUCGUUGCGGCUCGUGUGCGAUCGUCAAGUCCCGUGGCCGCGCGCGCGUGCGUGCGUCAGUAUUAUACGCGCCUUAUCUCCGGGGACACUCGCAGUCUCUUAUCGGAGAUGUAAGAAAAAGUUAAGUUUUAUGAGCCGAGGGUCGUGAAGUACGGUCGUGCACGAAUGUUUACGAUGGCGACUCUCAUCGGUCGAUCGAGUGCAGGAAAUUACGGCUUGAUUGCGCUCCCUUAUUCGACCGGGUUUCAAUAAUAUAUUUUUGUUAUUUUUCAACCUACAAUUCUUGGCGGACGUCGCUUAUUUUGUACGAUUUUUGUUCGGUGCGAGGAGAAGACGGCCCUGAGAUCGUCCGUCAUCGAGUUCCAGUGAUCGAUCCAUUCGUCGUUUCUUGUGUGCAGCCGAAAAAACUCGUGCCAGUGUCCUCUGCUUUGCUCCCGCUUCGCUGUUUUAUUUCCCCCCCCCCCCCCCCCCCUCCCCCGAGACGAACGGUCUAACGGACUCGGUGCCUCGAACGUGGUAGAACCAGGAUUUUACGGAUUCUUCAGUGAUAAAUAAAAGCCCGCGCUGCUCAGUGUCCUCAACCGUGCCCACGACGAACGCUGUCCCUACUACUUUUCUUUUAUUUUCUUCCCUCUUUUUCCCCCCCUCGAAAUAAUCGCCUCGAAGCCGCUGCUCCGUCCUCGUGUGUUUAUAACGCGAAUCUAACACUCGCGAAACUCUCAAACUCCUGUGUUUACUCGAGAAAAAUACGAGUAGGAGUCGCGACGAGAGAGGGGACGAAACAUCGAGACUCGUGGCCGAAGCUCUCAUUCCAUCGAUUCACAACACAAUCAACAAGUAUCGCACCGACUCGGACAACCACCGCGCCACGCUCUGCUCAACGGACUCGAAAUAUUGAGAUCAAGUACUUCGAUCGAGCCAAUCAAUCGUUUUCCACUCGUUAUUCCACUCACGCCCACCCUCAUCGGAAUCUAAAAUCGAUUCUUUUAUUCUUUAUUAUCUUGCGUAAGAUAAGAGCGAAAUAGAAACUACGGCGAGUGCUCGAACGACGCUGGCGUCUUCGGGAAACAAAGUGACGAAAUAAACAGUGCCAAACUCCCGAUAAAUCACCGUUCAGGCGAACUCUCUUUGUGUCAAAUUGGAUAAAAUUCACGAACAAAUGUCUUGUGAUAAAAGUACUGAAAAUAUUUCAGUAGCCAACGAAUAAUUGUGCCAGAAUUAUCGUAUUCGUAACGUUCGGAAUAAAAAAAAAGGAGGUUAGACGAAAUAUUGUUGUGACUGUAAAAGUGUCGUUACAAACGAGCGACUAAAACGUCGUGGAAAAACUGUUUGUUAUACUGUCGCGUUGAUCGUCGUGACAGAAAUUCGUUUGAUCACGCAGCUUGUCGGAUGCUACACGCGACUCGGAGGCGGACUUUAUAACACUUUUGUCUGGGACAAGGUGGGAGGCAGUACGGUGGUAGCCGAGGGGGUCGUAGGCGGCAUAAGGGGCCCAGGCGGCGGGUGCCGCGCAUCAUCGAUGACGAUGGCCGAGAGCGCCGUGGAGGACGCCGCGGCCGCGCCCCCGGGUCCGGCGAAGCCGCCACCGCCCUCCUGUACGAACAACAACACGUUAGCAGCAACGGCGAACCGGAAUCACCGGGCGACCCGAAAGCGGAGGCGUUUGAAUCAGGUCCUCGACGAUUUGAACGCGCACAAGAGUCUUCCGUCAGAGGGUGAAACGUUGCCAACGAGAUUCGACGCGACGUCGCUGGCCUCGGAGGAGGAGGAGGACGCCUUCGGUUCGCCGAGGUCGACGUCACGCUCCGCCUCGGAAAACGCCCUGCAGCCGAUCUCGAAGCGGCUCAAAUCCGAGCGUUUGGACACGACGAUCGAGGAGGAGACGCCCGGCGCGAGUCAUUUACCAUACCAGCCCUAUUAUCCGCACAAUCAAAAUCACAAUAAUUAUCAAGAUAGUCAACUGCGCCGUUUGCAUCCAGCGGAAAACCUCCAGCAUCCGAAUCACCAGAACCACCGUCCAGCGAGCCUGAAUCAGCAGUCGAACCUCGAGAGCCUCCAGGGCGGGGCUCCGCGUCACAGUCACCCGCACCAUCAUCACCAAAACCCAUCGGCUUAUCACCACAGACAAGCACAAAAGUACCGCAACUGUCCCUGUCCGAACUGGGUGAAUCAGCCGUUAUCAGCGAUCCUCUUGCCUUCGCCAACCUCCCCGCUGACCCCACCGACGCCUCUGACCCCCCUGACCCCCGUGAGCCUGACUCCCCUGACCCCGGUAUCGCCCUCUUCGUACACUUUCGAGCAGUAUUUCAACACGAAGUACAUGCCAACCUCGGAAAUCAGUAGGAAGCGAAGCCACUCGGAUUCUGACGUUCCUGGUCGGGAGCCAAGGCCACCGUCCUCGGUGUCUUCGAUAGCGACCAAUUCGCAGCACACACCGCCCAGCCGGUCGAUCGAAAACGAUCCGACGAGCCCCCAGGACUCUCCCCUCGAUCUCUCCAUGAAGAAUCUCGCCCUCGCUCACAACAGCAUCAACAAUAAUACGAGUACCAACAAUAACAACAAUCAUCACAACAAUUACAAUAAUCUCACCGGUAGCAACAUUAACAACAACAAUAACAACAACAACAACAACAACAACAAUACCACGAGCCAGAACAACAACAGCAGUAAUCGGCCCACCGCCCUCCAGCUGCUCCCAUCAGCCCACGUGACCAGAGGCUCCGUCAGUGUUCCCGUCGUCCGAGGCGACGUCGCAUCCCCGACGACCAAAGAGACCGUCGCGGAGCGAUACAACCUCGAAGUAUCCCCGGUCGUCGAAGAGAUGCCACCUGGCGCAGACGUCGCGUACGUCUGUCCGGUCUGCGGUCAAAUGUUCAGCCUCCACGACCGUCUCGCGAAGCACAUGGCCUCGCGGCAUCGCCGACAAGGCCCCAAAGACGCAACCGCAAAGGCUUAUCGCUGCGAGGUAUGCAAACGGAGCUUUGCUCGCUCCGACAUGCUCACGAGGCACAUGAGGCUCCACACCGGGGUCAAACCCUACACUUGCAAGACUUGCAACCAAGUCUUCAGCCGGUCCGACCAUCUCAGCACCCAUCAGCGCACCCACACCGGCGAGAAACCCUACAAAUGUCCACAGUGCGUUUACGCAGCCUGCAGACGCGACAUGAUCACGAGGCACUUGAGAACCCACGCGAAAAUCAGCGACGGCCAAGUCGUCAAGUCCGAAAGUGCCGGCCAAGUCGUCAAGUCCGAAAGUGCCGGCCUCGUCUCCCCCAACGCGGGCGCCGAAAGCCCCUCGCGCGGACUCGACCCCAUCUCCGGUCUCGUCAAAAUGGAAUGACCAACCGCCGCUGGAUGACCUUCGGACGAAGGACGCUCCAACACCCUCGAAUUACGUUGAACGCGAUUUCGCGUCGAAUAUUUCAAUGAGUUUCACGAAUUCGUCUUUAAUUUUGACGCCCCUGCCAUACCCUGGAGCGGACGACGCUUCUUCCCCCCACCUCGAACCCCCUGAACAGUAUUAUCCAAAAAUCUUCUCGUCCUCUCCUCACAUCCUCUUCGACGGACUACCUUAAAAGAGAGCUCUGCUCCGAGACCCGAUAGAGGAACGCGUGCGGGAUCAUCUUCCACUUUAAGCUGGUGUCAGUGAACGAUCUCAUCGUUUUGCCAUCGAGGCUCAGAAAAACUGUUUGCUUUUGUUGAGACUGCGAGUGAGAGUGACGGGGAGAUAAGAUUUUGUCGAAAUGAUUUUCGAAGGUAUGUUUUUUGUAUACGUAGAGAAACGCGCUGGAGCCGCAACAGCGUGAGGUGCUCAAAACCCGAUUACGUCGCGAGCGAUGUUUUUCCUGUUUCCUUUCUUCUUAUUCUCGCGAAUAAUGUUUUUUCUUUAUUAUUUAUUACAUUUCGUUUUCUUCUUUUCUCAUUUCUCGUUGGUGUUUCAUUGUUUCAUGAUUUUUCUAUUAUUGCUCUUUGUUUUCAUCUUUGAAAGUAUGUAUACAUGCGUAAGUGUAUGUAUUUGCAUGCGUGUACGUAUGAUUAUUCAAACAGCCGUUAAAAACGUUAUCCUGCUCGCGCACUCUCGAGAACUUUAUUUUUUACUUUUAACCCUUUUUUUCUCUUCUUCUUGUUCAUCUUAUUUUACGAGGUCUUUGCAAAUGUGCCAAAUUGUUUUUUUUUUCGACGCUCGGCCAGUCCAAUUCGAACAACUAAUUUUAUAUUGAACGCGCUCCCUCGCGUGUACGAGGAAUCGGCGAAAAAUUAAUUUACAGUCAGAAAGUCAUUAGCUGUUCUCGUCCCUAAUGAAAUCGAGAUAAAAUAAUGAAAUUCGGUGGACGAAAAUGAAGUCGAUUAAGCGGACUCGGAGCUUUUCGUACACGCAGACCAUUUUUCUUUCUUUUUUUUCUUCUUUUACUCUUCCAACUCGAGUCGAGCUCGCUUCUUCCAUCCUAAUUUAUUUUUUAUUUAAUCCUCCUUGUUUUAUCAGCGCGAAUGUGAGAGAACAAAUAUCGCACGCAGAGCGAAGAGAGAAUCUCUCGGAUUAUUUUCAAUAUCGGGGAUCCAUCCGAAUGAGAAAAUAAAACAAAUAAACGGACUGAUGAAAUGUGGAGACAAAAACUCGACGUAAGGCUCCUUAAGAGCUACGAAUAAAAUGACUACUGUGCUGCGUACCUGUUGAAUUGGGAAUGGAGAGAAACAGAGAGAGAGAGAGAGAGAGAGAGAGAGAGAGAGAGAGAAGCGAGAAAAAAUUUGAAAAAAUCGUCGAAUUCGUCGGUUCUCGUAUUAGAUUUUUUGUAACGCCGUUGAUUGAUAUUUGAGCUUAUAUGAUAUUGGAAUCUUGAACACGUUGAAUAGUGAUUAGUUAUAACCGUUGACUAGAUUGUUAGAGCAGACUAACGAAAAAGUAACAAAAAAAAAAAGAAACAAACAAAAAAUACAGGAAAAGCGAUAGCAAAGAUCAAAUCGAAUCCUGAUGUUGAGGCAAAGUCAAACGAACGAGUUCAACGCGUUCGUGAAAAACCGAAAAAUAGAUUAAUAACAAAACGGAACUCGAUGUGAGCGCAGGGCGAAGAAAAAACAAAAUCCAAACUCAGCGGAGUUGAAAAAUUCAAAGUUGUAGUUAUAACGAGAGUCUGUGAGGCUCGAAUGAAUGAGUAUCGAGUCGUGCCGAGCAUGACUCGUAGUUUUUUUUCCUCAACUCUUUUCGAGACUCUCAAAAGUUGUUCAUUUGAUAUAUAAAUAUAUAUAUAUAGAAAGAAAAAAAAACGAAUAAAUUGCGCCGAGCGCGCUCGUAUUCUCUCAAUUGAUUUUUUUUGUUUUUAUUUUUAUUUUUUUAAUUAUUAUUACACGAAGCUACGCGAGGGAUUUUGUCGAAUGCCAGUGAGGAAUCUUCGUACGUUUUUUUUUCCUUAUUCUUUCUUUCUUUGAUUUUGACGUUGAAUAAAUUAUUUUCAAAUGCUCUUAUUUCUUUUUUUCGAUUGUUUUUAAUAUUAUUUAUAAUCGAGUGUGCGAGGUAGCGGAAAAAACUUAUGAGAUUAUAAUCGCUCACUGAUUGAAACGCGACGACCCAUCGAUACGAAUUUAAGUGCUCGCCAUCCUCCAUUCUUUUCUCUUUCUUUCUACCCCGUUUUUUUUUCUAACAUAUUGUUUUUAUCGAGGGCAGUAAACGCUUCUCGGUCUCGAGCACACAAUUACGAUAACGUUCGUAUUUUUGUACAUGGAAAAAAAGAUUUUUUGCUAAACGAUAUAACUUUACUGUCUUCAUUGUAUUGAACGUACAAAUACACUAAACUCACGCACGAACACAUGAGCGAAAAUACAAACGUAGACACAUUGGAAAACACACACACACGCGCGCGCGAGCGCGCGCGCGAGAGUUGUAACUUGCCAUUUCUACUUGCCCAACUAGAUGAAUAAUUCAUUUCUACUGUACUCGUCGUCGGUGCUCUCUCGUCUACCGCUGCGUCGGAAUUUACGAGAGAUUAAAAUGUGCGUGUGUGCGUCUGUGCGCGUGUGUGUCAAAUGGUUUUCAGAUACUAAAUAAAAUGUGGAAAAAAAGAAAUUCAACGAAACAACGGCUAAACAAAGCGAAAAAUAUUGCGUCGAACGUUGUUAAAUAAUGAAAGAAUCAAUCAUUUUUAGAUUUCAUAAAAAAGCAAAGAAAUAACAGCCAGCGACUCAAAACUAAUACGACAGUCGUGCCAGACGAAAAAAGAACGAAAAUCCAAGGUGUUCUUUUGUAAUUAUAAAUUACUGUUAUUUUUAGCCAUUUCUUUAUGAUCAUUAUUACUAUUUUCUAUCAUUAUUAUCGCUAUCAUUAUUAUUAUUAUGGCUAUUAUGAUGAUUAUUAUUAUUAAUAAUAUUAUUAUUUCUAUUAUGAUAAUUAUUACUAAUUUUAACUACUAAUUAGUUAUGGGCUAGUUCCGUUGUUAAGUGAUUAAUCAUGUUUAAUAUACUUCUAUUAUUUAUUUUGUUAGCCCCAAUCCAAUCCUCCCCGCUCCCCCUUCACCUUUCAUCCCGGCCCGCCAAGUCCCGCGUCGUACGAGAUUUCUUUAUUUUUUCUUUUUCUUUCCUCGCGUAUUUGCCUCGAAAAAAAUAUAAAUUGUUUCAAUCUAUUUUCCAUUGGCCGAAAUAAUAAUUCGCCUAUUGUGUAUCAUCUUCCCUUAAGUUGCUCUCCCAUUUCAUUAUUAUUCACUCCUCUCUUCGUUACCUCGUUAACCCUUAAAGGAAAUAAAACGGAGCAAGAGCGAGUGAGAAAGUGUGUGCGAGCGAGUCCGUACGUGCGUGUCCGUGAGAGAGAAAAUGAGAGCUCAAACGAUACGUAUUUGAAAUGAUUAAUAUUUCCGAAAAGUAUGUACCUAUAUAUGUAUUUUUGUAAAUGAGAGCCGAAAGCGUGACAGAGAGAAUGAACUGUUGACGAAUUUAUACGACAGAGAGAAAGAGAGAGGCGCGAACGCGUAUUUGUAGAAUGUUGCACGCGACUAUGAGAUUUUGAGUACGUUAUGCGAUAUUAUAGUACGUAAACGACGAAAAAAAAAGAAACGAAAGAAAAACAAAAAAAAACAAGGGCUUGUAUAAAUUAUUGAUGAUUGUGUACGUUAAUUUAUAAAUUAUGUUGUGUUUAAAAAUGAAAUGAAAAAAAAAACUCGUGCCAGAAUGGAACAAAAAAAAUAUAUAAUUUUUUGAACGAA